AUGGCGUUCGGCUCAAAAUCCAGCGUGGUGAUGCUCUGGGCGGCUCUGGGAUCACUCCUCGUGCUACCCGGGCAUGUCGCCGCCCAAGACACUUCACCAGGAGGGGACACCUUUCCGGACACCGCAUGGGAUUGCAGUGGAUGGCAUACUGUUGUAACAGGGGAUGAUUGCUCAACCAUCCAGAAGCAAUACAACAUCACAGCGGACCAGUUUUUCAAAUGGAAUCCUUCCGUGUCGAAGGACUGCCUCACCAACUUCUGGCUCAAGAACGCUUAUUGCGUGAGGGUUGGCGCGCCAGGGCCAACCAUGGAUGGCAUCGCACCCAACUGUAACAAGUGGCACACGGUUGUGGAGGGCGAUGAUUGUUCGACCAUCCAAAAGCAGUACAACAUUACCGCAGAUCAGUUCUUCACAUGGAACCCGGCGGUGUCAAAGGAUUGCAUCACCAACUUUUGGUUGGAAAGCUCUUACUGUGUCGGGAUCAACAAGGAUAUCAAGCCCAGCAGUUCUAGCACCCAAGGGUCGACAAAAACCACAACGAGCAGUGCCAGCAGCAGCACUAGGAGCGUGAUAAGAACUUCAAGCCCCUAUUCGACACGUGUCCCGGUCACCUCAUACAGCGAAAGUGCCCCCUACACAGCAACUGCGUUUCCCCCUCAGCACACCCAGCCUGGGCAACCUGCGAACUGUAACAGGUGGCACUGGGCGGCUCCUGGAGAAAGCUGUGAAGGAAUUGUAAAUCUCUAUGGAGCUAGGCUCACGGAGAAACAGCUGCAUGAGUACAACCCUACUCUCGGUGAGGAUUGCAGCGGGCUGUACUUUGGGUGGUAUAUCUGCAUCGGCGUACAAGCCAAGGGCUCUUCCAGCAUCGGCUGGUAUACGAGCCAGGAUGGCAAUGCGUCGAUUCCGGAGCCAACCGAGUUUGUCCGCCCCCCUGCGACCUACGUUCAGAACUUUACUGCCCAGCCUCAGCAGUCGGGUAUCCCAGCGAGCUGCCAGAACUUUUACCAAGCUGAAAGUGGAGACACCUGCAACACCAUCCUCGGGAUUUACAACUACAUCACCAAGGAUCAAUUCUUCGCGUGGAAUCCCGCGCUGUCUAAAAACUGCAAUGGUCUUCUCUCUGGCGUCUACUACUGCGUCGCCAACUUUGCGUCCUCUGACCUGCCUUUGCCGCCCACUUUGACGGCCAGCGCGUCGCCCACAGCCACCGGCACAACACAAGACUGCAAAGCGUGGUACCUCGCCGUUGGCAACGACGAUUCGCGCGUCCAUCGCCCUCUCAUUCGGAACCUUCUCCGAGUCAGCGUGCGCAGCGACUGCAGCAACCUCCGCCUCGACACCUACUACUGCGUCGCCACCCCCAGCACGCCCACCACGCGCACCGAGCCCGCCCCCACCACGCCCAGCGGGUCCCGGCCCACCCAAAGCGGCCUCACCGCCGACUGCACCCGCUUCUGGCUGGUCUCGCGCGACGACACCUGCGCGUCCAUCGCCUCCGCAGCGCGCAUCUCCUCCUCGGCCCUGCACGCGUGGAACCCGGCGCUGGGCAACGGCGGCGACGAUUGUGCAGGGCUCAAACCCGAUUACUAUGUCUGUGUGUCGACCGACCCGGUGACCAACGCCCCCGGGUCGACCGUUACCCUGCCGGGGGAUGGGAGCGGCCCGACGAGGACGACGACGAUGACGAGCAAGCCGCCGGUCAGCUCCGCGUCCGCGACGGCGGGGCCGGGCGAGCCGGUUACCACGCCGUCGCCGGCUAUUCCGGGGAUGGUGGACGGGUGUGUGAGGUUUUAUUUCAGAGGGCCGGAGGCUGCGGAUCUGUAUUGCUAUGAUUUGGCGGCGGCGGCGGGUAUUUCGCUUGAGGACUUUUACGCGUGGAAUGCGGGCGUGGGGACGGACUGCGCGGGUCUGUGGGCUGAUACAUGGUAUUGCAUUGGGAUCUCGGGGUCGCAUACUACCAUUUCGAGUGGGACGCCAAAGCCGCCUGCUGCUACAGCGUGA